AUGUUAAAAUUUUGGAAAAAAACGGGUCGGAAAGAAACGUCUGCAAAUUCUGGGUCCAGUUCAAGUUCAGCAUCUUCCACUCCAAGAAAUCACUCCAGUCCUCAAAUAAAAGAAUUAGAAGGAUCACUUAAAGAAAGCGAAUAUAAAGUUACAUCUUCUCGUCUUUCGAAAACAUUAACAGAAAUAAUUAAUGACAAUGAAGCUCUUACAUAUUUUAUUCAGUAUCUUGAAACAGUCGGAUGUGGGGCAAUGAUUAAAUUUAUAUUAGAUGUCGAAAGUUUUAAUUCGGCUCUCGCGACAAUGAACAGUUAUUCGAAUUUAAAAACAAAUCAGUGUAAUAAUAAUUCUUGCCCUGUAAUAAAUAAUUUAAAUGAAACAAUAAUUAGUGAUAAUAGUAAUAAUAUAAAAUUUUCUAAUUUUAAUAAAAAUAAUGAUAAUUUAUCUAAAAUGAUUGUUUUAAAUAAUCAUGACAAUGUUGUUGUUGUUGAUGAUGAUGGCUGUGAAAAAAAAAACAAAAUCCAUUGUGAAAAAAAAUUAAAUAGAAUAGAAAUACAAGAAGAAGGAGAAGAAGGAGAAGAAAUAGAAUUAGAAGAAAAUAAAUUACUGUCUAGGUUAUUAGAAUUAUCUAAAAAAUCAGAUAUUUAUGCUGAUGCAGUUAAAAUAUAUAAAAAAUAUUUCAGUCACAAAGCUCCAUUUAAAAUUAAUUUAGAUUCUAGAAUAUAUGAAAGACUUUUAGGAAAUUUAAAUCAAAAUUUAAAUAAGGAUUCAUUUACAGAAGUUAAACAAUAUAUUUUGAAUAUUAUAGAAAAAGAUCAUUAUAACGAUUAUCUAAGAAGCGAAUGUCAUUGUAAAUACCAAAUAGAUGUUCUAACGAGUAAAAAAGUAACCAUAUCUGAUAUUUUAUACAAUGAUACUGCAUUGUUUUAUUUCAUGGAAUUUCUAGAACAAGAGGGUGGAACAAAUCUAUUGGAAUUUUGUAUAUCAGCAUUGAAUUUUCAACAGCAAUACGAAGAAGAGGGAAAAAAUUACAAUUCGAAUCAGGUUCAAAGUGAUGCUAUGGUUCUCUACGACAAGUAUUUUUCACUUCAGGCAACGAAUCCGUUAAACGUCGGAGAUGACAUUCGAAUCAAAGUCGAAGAAAGCAUAUGCAGAGAAGAGGGACCCUUGGCAAAUUGUUUCGAACACCCGAGAAGACUCAUACUUAAAAUAUUAGAAAUCAAUUACUUCCAAUCCUUUCUUCAAUCUCAAUUAUAUUUUAAAUAUUUAUCCGAAUUGAUAUCGACAAUUCAAACGAAUUCACUCGUCGGAUCAUCGUCCCGUUCGAGACAUUCGGGAGAUUCGGAUGGGGGAAGCGAUAUAAGUAUAUCGACAAUCAAUACCCUUUUGGCAUCCGAAGACACGUCGACGACGCAUAAAAAAAUAUACAAACAUUUAAAUCCGUCAUCUUUAAAUAUCGACACGCAACAGUUAUACGAUCCGGAUUUAUUGUGGCAAAGGGGGCCCAAAAGGGGUCCGGGUUUGAAUUUCGGUAGGAUAAAUUCGUUGGGACGAUUCGAAACGGAUUUGGAACCGGAACCGGAUAAAAAAGAAGAAUCGAGAAUUACGAAGGCGGUUAAGAAAUUAGUCAACUUAAACGAAGAUAAAUCGAAAGAAGAAAUGGCUUGGCAAGUUGCUGCCAUGAUAGUCCGAGACGUUACCGACAUAACAAUGCCCUCAUCUUCGGAAAGCUAG